AAUCCAAUGAUUCACACAUCCCUCAACUAAACAAAAGAUCCUUUGAAACUCCACAACCUAUAACUUUUUCAACAUGUAAUCAAUGUUGAGAGCCAAAAGUCAUAUCGCCCGUACAAUCCGACAAUUAACAACCACCAUAGAACCCACCCAACUCCCCAUUUCAGCCAUUCAAAAUAAAUUCAAAUACUUGGAGUCAAAACAAUUAUAUGACCAAAUACUUCAAUUCUACAAACACCAGCUUCACCUCACAGGACUUCAUGCAAACACUUUCAUUCUUCCUUCAGUUAUUAAAGCUUGUUCCCACUCUCACUUCCACCUCCACUUUGGCCUGCAACUUCAUUGCUUAGCCUUCAAAUCAGGCUCUGAUUCUGACCAAGUUACUUCUAAUUCUCUCAUCACAAUGUAUGCAAAGUAUUCGAAAAUUGAAUCAGCGUACUUGGUGUUUGAUAAAAUGCCUCACAGAGACAUUAUCUCUUGGAAUUCCAUCAUAAAUUGUUUUACCCAAAGUGGGUAUUAUACUUUAUCAUUGAAAAUGCUUAAGCAAAUGUACUUUUGUGGUUUUGUUCCAAAACCGGAACUCAUUGCUGGCGUUUUAUCGCUCGGGGCACAAAGUAGAGACUUGACUGUGGGAAGGCAGCUUCAUGCUCUUGUUAUAAUUCAUGGACUAAUUGAAGAGUCUGUUUUUUUGUCAACUGCUUUGUUAGACUUGUAUUCCAAGUGUGGUGAAUUAAUGACUGCGUUACGAGUGUUUGAUCAAGCGGAAAUUAAAAAUGAGGUCUCUUGGACUGCCAUGAUCUCUGGAUGUAUUGAUAAUCAAAACUAUGGUAUGGGGAUUGACUGCUUUAGAGCAAUGCAGAGAGAAGGGGUUAAGCCUAACAGAGUAACAUUACUUGUUGCCUUACUAACUUGUACUGAAUUGGAUUUUAUAGAGUAUGGGAAAGCCAUUCAUGGGUAUGCUUAUCGUCAUGGCUUUGACUGGAAUCAUCGUUUGUCGUCUGCUCUUAUGCAUAUGUAUUGUGAAUGCGCAGAGGCAUUGCUUCCUGCCAGGAUUAUAUUCGAAAGAUCAGAAGUUAAAGAUGUUGUUAUGUGGAGUUCAAUUAUUGCAGGCUACUCAAGAAUUGAGGAUUGUGAUGAAGCUAUGAAGCUUUUUAGGCGAAUGAGAGUGGAAGGACAUGAGCCAAACUCAGUUACUUUAUUGGCAAUGAUUUCUGCUUGCACCAUUCUAUCUUCUCUGAGCCAAGGACUUGGAAUCCAUUGCUAUAUUUUGAAAACUGCAUUACAUUCUGAUGUUUUUAUAGGGAAUGCACUAAUAAAUAUGUAUUCAAAGUGCGGUAGUCUUGAGGCUUCGCAUCUAAUCUUCAAUGAAAUGGCUUGCAAAGAUUGCGUGUCAUGGAGCACAUUAAUCAACAGUUAUGGCCUUCAUGGUUGUGGUGAAGAAGCUUUGCAGCUCUUGCACAAGAUGCUAGAGAGAGGGAUAGAGCCGGAUGCUAUUACACUGCUCUCCAUUUUAUCAGCUUGCAACCAUUGUGGCCUUUACGAGGAGGGGACAAGUAUAUUCAAUAAUAUCAUAAAACAUUCCAGAAUAUCAUUAACUUCGGAACAUUAUGCUUGCUAUGUUGAUCUUCUGGGGAAGUCAGGGAAGAUUAAAGAUGCUUGUGAGGUUGUGAGGACGAUGCCAAUGAAACCGAGUACAAAACUUUUAAGCUCUUUAGUAUCAGCUUGUAAAAUUCAUGGAAGAUUGGUUGUUGCAGAAAUGCUUGCACAUCAACUUAUAGAGUCAGAACCUGAGAAUGCUGCCAACUACACUUUGUUAAGUAUGAUUUAUGCUGAAUGUUGUAACUGGGUUGGUGUAGAAGAGGUGAGGAGUGUCAUGAGAGUAAAGGGAUUAAAUAAAUGUUACGGAUUCAGCAGAAUUGACUAA